AUGAGCGACGCUGCGACAGUUGCUGGCUUGCCAGGUGCGCCGCCGAAGCUUGAGAAGAAGCCGGUCAAGUUCAGCAAUCUGCUGUUGGGUGCGGGAUUGAACUUGUUUGAAGUCACAACUCUGGGGCAGCCACUCGAGGUGGUGAAGACGACAAUGGCCGCGAACAGAGCCGAUGGCAUGGCAGGAGCUAUUGGCCGUAUCUGGGCGCGUGGUGGUGUUUUUGGGUUUUACCAAGGUCUCAUCCCGUGGGCCUGGAUCGAAGCGUCUACGAAGGGCGCUGUCCUCCUCUUCGUCGCCUCCGAGGCCGAGUUCUACGCCAAGUCGUUCGGCGCCAACAACUUCGUCUCGGGUAUCUCCGGUGGUAUGGUCGGUGGUCUGGCGCAAGCUUACGCGACUAUGGGCUUCUGUACUUGCAUGAAGACGGUCGAGAUCACCAAACACAAGGUCGCAGCCUCUGGUGUAAAACCUCCGGGCACCAUGGAGACGUUCAUGAACAUCUACCGUACGGAGGGUAUUCGUGGCAUUAACAAGGGCGUAAACGCGGUCGCGGUCCGCCAGGUCACCAACUGGGGUUCCCGUUUUGGUCUGUCCCGUAUGGCUGAGACUGGUAUUCGCAGAGUCACCGGCAAGGAGACGGGCGAGAAGCUCAGCGUUAUGGAGAAGAUCACCGCGUCCGCUCUUGGUGGUGGUCUCAGCGCGUGGAACCAGCCUAUCGAGGUCAUUCGUGUUGAGAUGCAGUCGAAGAAGGAGGACCCCAACCGUCCCAAGAACUUGACUGUCGGAAAAGCUGCGAAAUACAUCUACUCGCAGAACGGUCUGAAGGGACUGUACCGUGGUGUUACCCCUCGUAUCGGUCUCGGUAUCUGGCAGACGGUCUGCAUGGUUGCUUUGGGCGACGUUGCCAAGGAAGCUGUCGAGAAGCUCACAGGCGACAAGGUCACGGCUAAGCACUAA